CACCAUUGGCUGCUCCGACAGGAAAACAGGGCAGCGCAUCUGAAGGACACAUCGCGCUGUGUGUCUGCACGGAGGGAACAACAACAUGUCAGCGUGCACCUAGACUGACGCUGCACGCGUGCACGGAGCGACGAACCGACAGGCCUCGAAAUGUCUCCGUGAGAUGAUCAGUGUCUGCGCCUCCUGUUCGUGCAGUCUGGAGCAGGCUGGGUGUUGCCUCGUCUCUUAGCCCACUUACAGAUGUGACACAUUAUCCUCACGGUGUGACAAUGAUCAAAUGUUGGUCUGUGAUGACACCUGGCUUCUGUCAGACACUUCCCACUUCCUAACAGUUUUACCAUGGCAACAGGAAGAAAAGGCUCUAUGUCCAAAGCGGGUGGCGUGCAUUUCCCUGACGAUAACGACCCCCCUGGCUCUCCAACACGCAGAGAUGACCAGUCAAACCUCUCCACUCUCAUUGCUAUUCAAGAAAAGGAUGGCAGCUACCUGGUCAAGGCUGGUUUCCUGAAGAGCCACCACUGUUAUGAAAUUGUCUUCAGUGUUCCAGAUGUACCCACACUGGGCAAAGAGCUCCUCUGUCUCCCCUCCUCUUCUCCGACCCGGAGGUCCCCCAGCCUCCGUGUCCAGUGCAUCAACUCCUCACUGGAGGCAGGAGUAAAGGUAACAUGUGAGUACAGGACUCACCAGGAGGGGGUGCUGCAGGAAGAGGUCAAUCUGGUAACCAGAGGGAGGAAAGCCUGCAGUCUGAAGGUCAGACUCCAGGCCAGAGUCAUUGACCCACAUCAUGGGACUCCCAUGCUGCUGGAGGGGGUGAGGUGCCUGGGUGCUCAGAGAGACGCCCACACAAAACACAUCAGUGAUCGUAAGAGGAAAUGAUUUACACAGUGUAUAUACAAGUACAGCUUUACUAGAAUUGGGAAUUGUUUUACUAUUGUAGUAUUCUAAAAUAUUUGUAAUUUAAGUUCUGAAAGAAUAAAAACUGCUGAGUUAUUUUUUAGAAAAUUGCUUGACAAUAAGUUUUGCAUAAAAAAGUGUAAAUCAUUAUCCAACAUACCCAUGAUACCUCUGCUGUUGGAGAGAUAUGUUAAACCAGCAGGGAACAAAUACCCCCCCCCACACAAACACACAAACAAUACAAAUGAGAAGUUUGUCAGAUUGGAAGAGAUACUGCCCCAGUAUUUGAACUAUUUGUACCCGUACCUUAAAGAACAGUGCAGUUCAUUGUGAGUGUACACCAGUACCUUAUGGUUACGGUGCUGUAGUUAAUGUUAUUUGAUUUGAGUAAAUCUGAUCCAAGCUCGUCCCUCCUCUAACGGCUGCAGUAACAGGCCUGGUGUCGCCCACAUUGCUCAUAUCUUCCCUGAAGUCGACGACCCUGAGGCAGUUUGGUGGUUGGUUGAUGUUGGCACAAAGCAGUGAUAGUGUUUGCAAUAAGAGCCACUUGUGCUCUGCAGCUUUUUUAACCGACCCCACUUAAGUACUUUAUUUUUAUCUGUGGCUGGCAACUAAAAGUGUAUAAAUAUUGGACAUUAGCUAACAACGUAAGUACUUUAUUUACUGCAUCUUUCAAGACCACAGACGUCACAAUUGCAUCACAGAAGGAUGUCACCUGAGAUCUUUUGGUAAACCUGGACCAGUGGCAUUUUGAACGACUUGCACAUGAUCCAGGGAUGAUUUGCCAAGGCAUGUGAGGGGGAAGAUGCAGUAGUUAACAUGGAACAAUACAAAAGCAUGAAUUCACAUUUUUAUUCUCGCUUGAGACCCAAUGGGCCUGAGCUUUGCAAUGUUUCUCAGCACUUUACAUGUCCGUCCAGAGAGAGUGUGGUUCAUCGUCUAAAUUUCUUUUAGGCCCACCAUCCAUCAUAUUAGGGACAACGGGAGAGGCAGGUGUCAGUACUGGUAUAUGUAUUGAAAAGAAUCUGCUAAAAAUAAUAUGCUUCUGCUGCUGUAACAGAGUCCUCUGUUUGCAUGACAGUACUUUAGCUGCAAAACUAAAUAGUUCUUAAUUACAAAUAUACCAAUGUCUUUGAACAUUGAUUAUUAGCUUAUAUAUAUGAAAACUGUUGCACAAUGUCACUACCACAUUAGCAGUACACUACACAUAAGUGAUAUACUGAUCUUGUUUACCAUUAUGUGGACCACAGACAAGCAUGUAGUUCUUUAAUUCACAUUAACUGCAUUUAAAUCACAAUCUUAAUAUUUUUCUCAAAUGCUGGAACCCCAGUGGCAGUCUGGCUUGAAGCAGUUGUUAUUCAGAGGCGUAUUACUCAACAUGGAUGUUCACUGUGGGUGAUUAAGAGGAGCUUUAAUGCAUGUGAUCUACCAGACACAUCAGUGACCAAAUAUAAGGUGGCUGAAUACAUUUUCUGCCCAUUUAUGUAUUGUUGUUGUUUAUGACUGUGCGUCCCACAGUGUGUGCUUGUGUACACAUUGUUGGGCUCUUUUGUCUGACUGUAACCUCCCACAAUACACUCCGUGUACCUUGCACUUUGUCAGGACUUUACUAUUUGUCUGUUUACAUUAAUGUGUACUCUACACUGCCAUGCACUUUUCUGUUUGAUUAAAUUAAUAUUACCCA